AUGGCAAAAACCAAUAAAAAUGAAGAAAGUAACCAAGAAGUUGACUUCUCUAAGAGGUCACAAUGGCUUAGGGCAGCUCUGCUAGGUGCCAAUGAUGGCUUGCUCUCAACCGCCUCGCUAAUGAUGGGCGUUGGGGCCGUCCGGAAAGACGCCCGGACGAUGGUCCUCGCCGGAAUCGCCGGGCUGGUCGCCGGCGCGUGCAGCAUGGCCAUCGGCGAGUUCGUGUCCGUGUACUCGCAGCACGACAUGGCCGUGGCGGAGAUGGAGCGGAAGGAGAGCCGCCGGGGCGGGCCGGGGGAGGCGGUGAUGAAGGCGGAGAUGGAGAGUUUGCCGAACCCGUUUCAGGCGGCCGGCGCGUCGGCGAUGGCUUUCGCGGUGGGGGCGGCGGUGCCGCUGCUGCCGGCGGCGUUCAUAAGGGCUUACCGGUGGCGCGUGGCGGUGGUGGUGGCGGUUUCCAGCGCGGCGUUGCUAGGGUUUGGAGGGUUGGGUGCUUAUCUCGGGAGGGCUCCUUACAUGAAGUCUUGCUUUAGGGUUUUGAUUGGGGGGUGGGUGGCCAUGGCAAUCACUUUUGCUGUUUCUAAGUCAUUUGACGUACUGGGAUUUUAAUGCUUGCAUGCAUGCAUGCAUGGGUACGAUGUACCUAACGAACGUGCAUGGUAUAUGUAUAAGUUAAUACCCCAUUUAGUCCCGUGACUAUUUAGAUUUUAUCACUUUGGUCUCUGACGUUCAAACUUGUUCAAUUUCAUCGCCAACUAUGCAAUUUGUACUUAAAAUAGUCAUUGGUACAAACCAAAAUAGUCAUGAUUGAGGACCAUUUUGGUUAACAAUAGCAUAGUUGGGAAUGAAAUUGAGUAAAUUUGGAAGUCGAUGACCAAAGUGGUGAAAUUCUAAUAGUCGAUAGACCAAAUAGAGUAUUAUUGAUUCUAUCAUGCAUAUAUAAGCUAGCUUGUUUUAUAUAAAAACUAAUAAGU